CUAGCCCCGCCCCUUCUGCCACCGGCGCGCUCUGAUUGGCUGAGCCGGAGGUGACCCCGGCGCGCCCCCGGGAUGGCGGCGGCGGGGCUGAGCCGGGGCCCGCUGUUCCUGCGCUGCCGCUCCUGGCGGGGUUUGGCCUCCGGCACCGACGGGGAAUCGCGCCUGGCGCGGCUGCUGCGGGAGAAGUUCCCGCGGGCCUCGGACAUCAAGGUGGUGGACAUCUCCGGAGGCUGCGGCGCCAUGUACGAGAUCCACGUGGAGUCGGAGGAGUUCCGGGAGAAGCGGCCGGUGCAGCAGCACAGGAUGGUGACCCAGGCGCUGAGCGAGGAGAUCAAGCACAUGCACGGCCUGCGCAUCUUCACCUCGGCCCCCAAGGCCGAGUGAGGGGCUGAGGCUGCCCCGGCCCCAAUAAAGAGCUCCAGGAGGAACCCA